CAGCAACGAAGAUCAACGUAGAAAUUAAUAGUAGAAGUGUCCCGAAGAGGCUCAAGCCAUGCGGCCAAUCCUCUUUAUCCUGAUCUGCCUCACAAAUACGGCUUUUUCGUACUAUUCUAAAAAAACUCGUUUUGAUCGUUCGAUUAAUGACAAGUUAGAUGAGUCAAUCAACAAAGAAUGGGCUUUCACUGAUGAUCAAACGUUUUUCACCGCUUAUAAAGAUAGAAAAGAAAAUGCCUGUUAUCUAGAGAGAUUGAAAAAAGAUCAAAUAGAACAUCAUCAGGAUGUUUCGAUACGAUAUCGCGAAAAACAGAAUUCAAAAGUUCUUUAUGUUCCAAAUGAGACAUUAACAAAGCUAGAGGCAUGGCGUGAAGCAGGAGGUCGGAUCGUAGAUUUUUGCCGAGGUCGUAAUAUUUAUCUCCUUCAAGAAACUAAACCAAUCACAGGAAAUGAUUUGGAUCCGUUCUUAAACGAGAUUCCAAUCGAUGAAAAUGAUAUCUCGUCGAAAAGAGUUGCUGAUAUUGUACUAAUACCGCUUCUCAGUCGAGCUAAGAGAGAAAUUCAGUUAGAGAAUCGGAAAAGAUUGAACGAAGAAUUUGAGAAAAUUCGAAUACGUCGUCAAACAUCACAGUUUCGUGGAAGGUUCCGAGGACAAACUCAAUCGCAAUAUUUAAAUCUUGGUAACGAUGGACAAACAGAAGGCAAAGCCGAAGCGGAAGCAACGCAGCAGUCAUCUCGAGCAGUUGUUGCUGGUAAUCAUGGUAUGGGCCAAGCACAAAGUAUGUCUUCAAGUGGAAGUGGUUGUGAAGAGUGUCCAGGAUAUCAACCUGAUUAUGCUCUUCACGUAGAUCCAGGUAAAUUACAGAUUCAAGAAUUACCUAGAGAAGGACAAUAUGUGACUGGACCAGGCGCUGUUGGAACUCCAGGAAGAAUGGUAGAUUAUCGUGGAAGUAUGGUAUCUGGCACUGGGCCAACAGGAGGGGUUGAGCAAUAUCCUGAAGCUAUAGUUCCUGGAUCUACGGUACCAAAAACUACUGUCCCUGAUUGGCAAACUUAUCCUGGAGGAAUUCAACCAGGAACUGGAACAUAUCCCACUGGACCGAUUGGACCGGGAAGUGUAACACCAGGACAAUAUCCUGGUGGUGUUGUAUCAGGUGGAGCUUAUCCAGGUGCAUUAGUGCCAGGAAGUGUUCCAAUUUAUCCUGGAGGUGUCAUACCAGGAACACCAGGAACACCAGGAGGUAGUAGACCAUAUCCUGCUGGUACUGUACCAGGAACUGGUGUAAUGUACCCUGGUGGUGUUCCAUCUGGAACUGUACAAACUGGAGGUGAUGUAGCAUAUCCUGGUGGCACCGUAAUAGGAACGAAAGUAAUAGAUGGAACUGGAGUAUAUCCUGGAGGUACUGCACCGGGAAGUAUACCAACUGGAGGUGGUGUAACAUAUCCAGGUGGACCUGUAACAGGAACUACAACAACAGGAGGAACUGGAGUAUAUCCUGAAAGUCCUGCACCGGGAAGAGUGCCAACUGGAGGUGGUGUAGCAUAUCCAGGAGGACCUGUAACAGGAGGAACUGGAGUAUAUCCUGGAGGUACUGCACCGGGAACUGUACCAACUGGAGGUGGUGUAGCAUAUCCAGGUAGACCUGUAACAGGAACAACAACAACAGGAGGAACUGGAGUAUAUCCUGGAAGUCCUGCACCGGGAAGAGUGCCAACUGGAGGUGGUGUAACAUAUCCAGGUGGACCUGUAACAGGAACUACAACAACAGGAGGAGUUGGAGUAUAUCCUGGAGGUACUGCACCGGGAACUGUACCAACUGGAGGUGGUGUAGCAUAUCCAGGUGGACCUGUAACAGGAACUACAACAACAGGAGGAGUUGGAGUAUAUCCUGGAGGUAUUGCACCGGGAAGUAUACCAACUGGAGGUGGUGUAGCGUAUCCAGGUAGACCCGUAACAGGAACUACAACAACAGGAGGUGCUGGAGUAUAUCCUGGAGGUACUGCACCGGGAAAUGUGCCAACUGGAAGUGGUGUAGCAUAUCCAGGUGGACCCGUAACAGGAACUACAACAACAGGAGGAACUGGAGUAUAUCCUGGAGGUACUGCACCGGGAAGUGUGCCAAUUGAAAGUGGUGUAGCAUAUCCAGGUGGACCCGUAACAGGAACUACAACAACAGGAGGAACUGGAGUAUAUCCUGGAGGUACUGCACCGGGAAGUGUGCCAACUGGAGGUGGUGUAGCAUAUCCAGGUGGACCCGUAACAGGAACUACAACAACAGGAGGAACUGGAGUAUAUCCUGGAGGUACUGCACCGAGAACUGGUGGUGCUAUUCCAGAAACUAUAACAACAGGUGGUGGAACUUAUCCUGGAACUAUAAGAGGUACUGUAAUACCUGGAGGUGUUCCACCGGAAGCACUACGUCAACCUGGAGAACGUUAUCCAGCAGAAACUUCAAUUCCAGGGGUUUCUUAUCCGACUGGUACUGGGACAGGUGGAACGGUAACAUAUCCUGGUGGAGUUCCAUCUGGAGUAGGCAUAACAGGUGUUGGUGGUCCAGGAGUUCCUAUAGUGGGUGGUAGUGGAAUGUAUCCUGCUGGAAUUCCUGGUACUGUUGUUACAGAAAGUCCUGCUUAUCCUGGUAGAGUUGUCACAACAGAUGGAAGAGGAGUUUCUGGUGCAGGAAUUCUUCCUAAUAUUGUUACAGCUGCUAAAACAGACGUCGGUACUUCUAUAUCCUAUCCUGGAAUAUCACAUGGGAUACCGGGAGUUAGUGGUACUGGUAUCAUUACUCCGCAAGGUGGAGUAGCGCAACCGGAUAUGACUAGAUUUAUAACUCCAGGAACCGUAUAUCCAGGGGCGCCUUUACCAGGAAGUGGAAUGACUAUUACAGGUGGAGCUUAUCCAGGUUCUAGUGUAUUUUUGCCAGGAGGCGUUGGAACUUAUCCUGGAGGUGUCAUACCAGGAACAGGAUCUACAGGAACAGGAGGUGUACAGUAUCCUCCUUCCGGAGUACUAUCUCCUGGUCAAAUUACAAAUAUUCCUGCAGGUGUUCCUGGUAUCUCUCAAUAUCCUACUAUUAAUCAAUACUAUCCAGGUGGAAUUGGCGGUCAAAGGAUUCCAGGUCAAUAUCCAGGAGGCACCGUAGAGGCGUCACAAUUUUAUCAAAAACCUAAAGAUAUUUCUCUGACGAGUGCAGAAGAUGAUGGUGCAGAUACCCAAGCAUCUAGUUCCGUAAAACAAGUUGAUUCUGGUACAGAAGCAAGUGCAUCCGCCCAAGGUAAAUACGGACAGGGUACUGCACAAUCUCAAGUGUCCGGAAUUUACAGUGGUUCUGCAUCAUUUUCGGCGCAAGCUGGUACCAGUGAUAUUAAUAGAAGUGCUCAAGCCGAAAUAAGUGGCGGCAAAGACGGUGCUGUAAGUAAUGCAGAAGGUGUCGGUGGUCGUGGAAAAAGUCAAGCGCAGGUUCAAUUAAAUUCUGAUUCUGGUGCUACUUCGACGGGAGCUCAAAGUAGCGGUUGGAAUCAUGGAACAACUUCUCAGGUGCAAGCCAGUUCCAAAGGUGGAAUGGCAGAUGCACAAGCUAAUGGCGAAGGUAGCACUUCUAGUCAGGCACAGAUUGGAUUUCAGCCAUAUUUAAAAAAUGAUAAUAAAGUCGAAAAACAUUCUCUUCCCUUCCGUGGUGGAGGUACGGCGUCUGCUCAAAGUGGAACUCACAGAGGUCAAUCCCAAUCUCAAUUACAGGGAUCAUUUCAAUACGGAAUCACUUAUACCGGUGCUGCACAGGCUGGUUCAGGAUCUGGCGCAGCAGCUUCUAGAAAGCCAUUUAACUUCAAUCUUACUAAUCCUGAAAUUUAUAGGUCGUAUAAACCGAGUAAUAUACCAUCGAUAUUUAAAAACGACGCCACGGAAGUAACGAAUGUCCCGAGUGAUGCCGAUUUUAGUCGUAUUCAGGCACAACGGGGUUUACAAACAAGCUCAAGUUCUCGACAAACGGUUGUCAGUGGUGUAUCGAAAGAAAAAGUAGAAACUUCAAUCAAUAAGAAAGAACAAUCUAUGGACAACAAACACGCAGCAGCUGAGCCAGUUUAUGGCGAGGAGGAAUACGAAGAUCAGUAUGAAGACGAAGAUUAUGAUUCACCUGUUGGACAAAAUCCUCCACCCAACUUAGAAACUUUUUCUUCUAAUAAAAAACUAGAAGAUCAACAUCAAUCGCAAAUGAUACAGAUCGGUAAUGCUAAUCGAUAUGAUGUUCGAGUCACUCAGGACUCAAAUAUUGCACAAGCAGGUGACAAAUUACAACCAGGUCAAUCCUUACCAGGUUAUACCAUUCCACCUGGUUUUCGUGGAAGAGUAUUGUCGAUUGCCGGUGAUGAUACAGUUGCUAAAGGCGAUGGGAAAGCUCAAUCGCAAACUGUUGCACUAAUUCCAGCGCAACCGAAUACUACUCUUGAAAACAAAUCGCUUGUUUCGGAAACACGAUCGCUUCAUAACAAUUAUCCUCGCUUUACAGGAACUCCUACUUCUAAAAAUAAUGGUGAUCAUCUAAACGCUCCUACUCGAUCGUCCUCUAAUAGUUUUCUCACGCGUGAUUUGGACAAAUCGAUUAGACCUAGUUAUUACACUGUAACAAAUAGUGUCGCUGGUAAAAUAGAUGAUAACAAAAGUUCUCAAAAAAAAUACGAACAUCGGUAUUAUACUAAAAGUUCCACGUGCGGAUAUUUUACAUUUUCUUGCAAUAUCGUAUACGGUUCUAAUGGUAGAACAAAGAUUUGCAAACCUAAAGUACCAACAUAUCCCGAUGGUACACCAAUGAAGUGUUAAUUAAUCAUAUUGCGUAUUAGAUUAUUUUAUAUAUAUACAUAUUGUAUUAUUUUAUAAUAUUCACUAGUAAAAUUUUUAUUGUCCAUUUAGUAU